AUGACGAAGGUCGAAGACGAUAAUCAAUCUACACCAUCUAUGGCUGAGUCUCCUAAUCAGUCAAGUGUUGGUAUCAGUAGUCCUUUGUACAUGCAUCGAUAUGAUAAUCCCGGAGAAGCUUUAGUUCCUGUUCUAUUUGAUGGCUUUGGAUAUCGAUCAUGGAGAAGGGGUGUAAUGCGAUCCCUGUCAGUGAAAAAUAAGCUGGGAUUUAUCAACGGGGAAUACAAGAGGCCAGAUCUAGAUUCAUCAAAAUUUCGAUUAUGGGAGAGAUGCGAUGACAUGGUCACUUCAUGGAUUCUGAAUUCCUUAACUAAGGAAAUUGCAGAUAGUGUUGAGUAUGUAGCAGAUGCAGCUAAAUUGUGGAAAGAACUUGAAGAUCGAUAUGACCAAACGAACGGAACAAAGCUAUACCGGAUCCAAAAGGAAAUCAAUGAUCUAUCCCAAGGAGCCCAUGAUAUCACUGGUUAUUACACAAAGAUGAAGAAACUAUGA